GAUUGGAGGGAAGGAAAAUGGAACUGAAAGUCAUCCAUAGUGCCAGUUCAGUGUCAGUCAUCCGAGGCUGGGAAACGGGAAACACAACCAUGGACGGCGCUGCUUUGCGUCGGACAUGCAUCGGUCUUAUUGUGUCUGUUUUGAUCCAUGUGGUUACUGAAAGUCCAAUAGGUAGCACCACCAUAAACUGUGUUUCAGCGUCUAGCACUAUAGAUCUGGGUCCUGUGGACGAAGGAUAUUCAGGUGAUGUGGAGCUGGUGUCCGAUAUCCCAGCUGGAACUAUCGUGACUCUGGAGCAAAACACUUAUCCUGAGCAUCUUCAGUUUCUGGAGUUGAACUUUGAACCAGGGGACACCACAGCGACUGUUCGCACCAAGAAGCCGCUCGACGCCGAUGCCGGAAUAUUCUUUACGAAUGACAGGGUUUUGCAAUACAUAUUACUGUGCAAUGAUGAUUUGAAGUACAACAACUCCCGCAGGCUGAUAAUCAAUGAUAUCAAUGACAACAGUCCAGUAUUUGAUAAGACGUUUUAUUCUCAAACUGUUUCAGAGAGUCUGUCCGUGAACACGGAGGUUCUGCGAGUGACAGCCGUGGAUGCAGACAGCACACCUGAAUUCAACCUCCUGACAUACACCUAUACUCCAGAAACAGCAGACUUUUUCUUAACAAACUCCGGGCUGUUUAUCUUAAUGAGACCUCUGAACUACAGCGUAGUACCAAAGUACAAUUUUAUUGUCACUGCCAGCGACAUUGGUGGAAACAAUGACACAACCUCAGUUGAGAUUAUAGUAGAAGACUUUGAUGACUUAAAUCCCCUUUUCAGCCACAGUCUCUACCAGGCUGCUGUUCCAGAGAACCAGGUUGGGGUUCUCAGUGAAAUAAAACCAGAACCAAUAAAGGCCCAAGAUGGAGACACUGGAAUCAACAUGACGAUAACAUACAGCAUCACUUCAGUCUCUCCUGCCGAGUACCAAGCAAACUUCAACAUCGACGCCAACACCGGAGCUCUGUCUGUGGUGACGUCGUUUGACAGGGAGGAAAUGGUCAGCAGUGAAAUCUCUGUCAACAUCAAGGCGGCCCAGACAGACGACCCUCUGAAGACGGCUGAUGCUGUGGUGUCCGUCACGGUGGAAGACGUGAACGACAACGCUCCAGAGUUCGAUCAGUCGAUCUACAACGUCUCCCAUCUGGUGAACGCCCUCGCUAAAAACAUCACUGAUUUGGACAAGAACAUCCCCACCAUCAGAGUGAGCAUCAUGGACGACGACAACGACAACAAACCCGAGUUCAGCUCCAGCAGCUGCGACUCCAGCAUCCUGGUGAAAGACGCAGAGAAGAGGAAGGUGCUGCUGACGCUCAGAGCCACCGACAAAGACAUCGGAAACAACUCGCUUAUCACCUACAGUUUCUCUGAAGGAGAUUCGCCUCUUUUGGCCUUAGACAGCAAAACAGGAGAAGUGACCCUGACCUCUGACCUUGCUGAUGUAACAGAAGACACCACACUGGUCCAGACGGCCGAGGCCACAGAUCAUGGCAAACCUCCGCUCAGCGCCACAGCUCUGGUGGUGGCGAACAUCAGGAUCAAUAGUUCUGAAGGCGUGGCGUUCCUGAGCUCCUCCUACAACUUCAGCCUGAAAGAGAACCAGAAUCCGGGGGUCACUGUGGGGCAGGUCCUCGCCUCCGCAGGGAGUGACCUGUACGAGGUUUCCUACGAACUGAGAACACACAAAGACCUGUUCUCCAUCAACGGCAGUGGUACCAUCUUUACCACAAAACAGCUGGACAGGGAGGAGCAGGAGUGGUACAUCCUGGAAGUGGAGGCUGUGGACACGCGGACGCCUCCCACAUCAGCAGUGGCUCUGGUCAGAAUUCAGGUGGAGGACGUAAACGAGCCGCCAGAGUUCUCCUCGGACGAUUAUGAAGCCUCUGUGUUCAGCAUCUCUCCGUACAAAACCCCAGUCAUCCAAGUGAAGGCCUCGGACCCUGAUGUUGGAGACAGCAGUCGUCUGGUCUACAGUUUGCCAGCAGGAAACUCCUUCUUUGAACUGGAGUCGUCUUCAGGUUUGCUGUUUGUGGUGUCGGCAGCAGGUCUGGGUGGAAUAAACGUCACAAUGAAGGUGAAGGCCACAGAUCCUCAUGGACUUUCUGCUACCAGCAGAGUGAAGGUUGUGGUUCAGGGCAGCAGCGACGUGACGUUCAUCUCUCUGAAUAAGCCGGUAAACAUUGUGGAGGAAAAGACUCCAGAGCUGGAGGAGGCUUUAGGUAAAACUCUGGGCUGGACGGUGAACAUAACCCAGGUGUGGAGCUCUGAUGGAGAAGAAAGCCGAAUGCUGAGAGCGUCGGUCAAGACUCUGGUCAGCUUAGUCGCUUUUGAUGACGAUGGAGCUGUUGAACCUCAGGAAGUCGCAAAGAAACUGCAGAGCGAGUCUGAAGAGGUGAGAGCGGCGCUGGCCAAGGUGCUGGGAAACGAUGUUCAGUUUGAGGUGGAGACGGAAAAAGAGCCUCCAGGCUCCAGCUCAGACCCAACUGUACUCAUCGUUCUGGGGGUUUUGCUUGGCCUGGUUUCAGUGGUUCUGGUUCUGACUCUUUCUGUAUUUAAAAGGAAGAUGCAACAAAACGAAGAGCGGAGACGGUCCAUUUCAUUGCAGUUGGAGAUGUGAACAAAUCCAUGUUUGGGUUUGACGAGACGAUUGCCUGAUGAGGACGGUUCAUCAAACCAAGACUCAGUGCUGCCUUCAUGCACCAGAAGAAUAAUCUUAGACUGUUUUAUUUAUUUGACGUCUGCGACUUUAAAUUAUCCUUUAAGCACAUCAGAGUUUUGUCUCUAGUUAAAUUUGAAGGUUUGCCAACAUGAAUGGGAUCCCAUUUCUAGAUUAAUGUCUGUGCAAAUCUACUUAAUGAAAGUGUUUUAUUGGAAAGUUUAUCAAAGCAAAUCACAGUAACCUCUACAAGCUUCUCUUACAUCACUUGAAACAACAAUUAGGAACAAAUCAAGACACGGCGUCAAUCCAGGCUGUUAUAAUGUGCUGAUCUCUAACUCAUAAUACAGAUAAUUCACGUAUUAAAUGAAACAUUAAUCAAUAAUCUGAUGUUACACGAUGAGAA